CAGCAGUGUCUCCCUAACCCCACUCUCACUCUCUCUCUCUCUCUGCACUCACUCUCACAGCUCAUUUAUCUCUCUCUCUCUAGCUCUAGGUUGGGGAAGAUCUUGGAACUCCAUUUCUUGGACUUUGUGCAGUGACUCGAGGCACUGACCGUAGAGAUCAGAUCUGUAUACGCUUUGUUUAAGCCAUGCGAUACUACUGAUUUUUUUUUUUUAUUUUUGGUUGUCGUUGUUGCUGUUGUUGUGAGGAUGUCGAACUCUGACCCGAAACCGCCGCAGCGACCGGGUCCGUGGCCUCCGGCUCCGGAGUCCUCGGCAAUGCCGCCUUCUUCGUGGGCCAAGCGGACUGGUUUCAAGCCCAAGUUCUCCGGCGAGACCAAUGCCAGCGAUUCGGGCCAGGUGAUAGCUCCGCCGCCCCCGCAGAAGCCCAGAGAGACCGACCCGGCUAAGCCGGAUCUCGAGAUGGGUCGGGUUAGGGCCGUGAAUGGUGAGCGGGAGAGCGAGAAGGUUGUUCCUCCGACGCUGCCGCAGCCGCAGCCACAGCCACAGACGGAUAAGGAUCGGACGGUGAAGAAACGGAGGGACUCUGAGGGGCCGCCGAAGAUUUCGGGACCCAACGGGCAGGCCCAGGGCGGGCCCGCGGAGCAGGCGUCAAGGAGGCCUGUGAGGAGCGAUGCAGUGGUGGAUGUUUUGCCACAGAGUGUAGAUGAUGAUGAUGGGUUUGUGGGUAGGCACAUGCAUAUGAAGUAUGAGCUCAGAGAUACACCUGGUCUUGUUCCCAUUGGUCUAUACGGGUUCCAACAUUUUACUUCGAUGUUGGGUUCGUUGAUUCUCGUCCCGCUCGUCAUUGUACCCGCAAUGGGUGGAACUUAUGAGGAUACUGCAAAUGUGGUAUCGACAGUCCUCUUUGUUUCGGGGGUGACUACACUUUUGCAUACGUCUUUUGGGUCAAGAUUGCCCCUGAUACAGGGUCCAUCGUUUGUUUUCCUGGCACCAGCAUUGGCAAUCAUCAACUCCCCAGAGUUUCAAGGACUCAACGAAAAUAAAUUCAAGCACAUUAUGAAGGAGCUACAGGGCGCCAUAAUAAUAGCUUCAGCUUUUCAAGCUUUACUUGGAUAUAGUGGACUGAUGUCUGUAUUAUCGAGGUUGAUCAAUCCAGUUGUUGUGUCCCCAACAGUUGCUGCUGUUGGACUUUCUUUUUAUAGCUUUGGUUUCCCACUUGUUGGUACCUGUCUGGAGAUUGGAUCAGUGCAGAUAUUACUGGUCAUUACUUUUUCUCUUUAUCUUCGUAAGAUAUCUGUUUUUGGUCAUCGUAUAUUUUUAAUAUAUGCGGUUCCAUUGGGCCUGGCAAUCACAUGGGCAGCUGCUUUCCUGCUAACUGAAGUGGGAGUUUAUAGUUACAAAGGCUGUGAUGUAAAUGUGCCUGCUUCGAAUAUGAUAUCUGAGCACUGCAGAAAGUAUCUCUCAAGGAUGAAACAUUGUCGAGUUGAUACUUCUCAUGCAUUAAAAUCUUCCCCAUGGUUCAGGUUUCCUUAUCCAUUACAAUGGGGUACUCCUGUCUUCCACUGGAAAAUGGCUCUUGUUAUGUGUGCGGUGUCCAUUAUCUCAUCAGUCGAUUCGGUUGGAUCAUACCAUGCAUCUUCAUUGUUGGUUGCAUCAAGACCUCCAACCCCAGGUGUUCUUAGCCGAGGGAUUGGUCUGGAAGGUCUUUCGAGUGUUUUGGCUGGUCUUUGGGGUACAGGAACGGGGUCCACCACUCUAACUGAAAAUGUACACACUAUUGCUGUGACCAAAAUGGGAAGCCGCAGAGCAGUUGAAUUAGGCGCAUGUGUUUUGAUAGUCUUAUCCCUCGUAGGUAAAGUUGGAGGCUUUAUAGCGUCAAUUCCUGAAGUCAUGGUUGCUGCUUUAUUGUGCUUCAUGUGGGCGAUGCUUACAGCUUUGGGCUUGUCAAAUCUACGUUAUAGUGAGGCAGGAAGCUCACGGAAUAUUAUCAUUGUUGGAUUAUCUUUGUUUUUCUCUCUUUCAAUACCAGCUUACUUUCAGCAGUAUGACAUGUCCCCAAAUAGCAACUUCUCUGUCCCAAGUUAUUUUCAGCCUUACAUUGUGGCUUCUCAUGGGCCUUUCCGCAGCAAAUAUGGAGGGGUGAACUAUGUCCUGAACACAUUACUGUCAUUGCACAUGGUGAUUGCAUUCCUGGUGGCUGUUAUUCUGGACAACACUGUACCUGGUAGUCGGCAGGAACGUGGGGUGUAUGUUUGGUCUGAACCAGAUGCUGCAAGGAGAGAACCUGCUGUUACCAAAGACUAUGAGUUGCCCUUCAGAGUUGGUCGGAUUUUUAGAUGGGUGAAGUGGGUUGGGAUUUGAGAGAAGGUUUUUUCUGCUCGUAUUGCUCACCAUCACAUUGUCAAGCUCAUGUCUCCACCAACGUGGAAUUGCUGUACUGCUUUCCGAUUCUAAGCGCGACUCCCUCAGGCUCGGAUGGUAAAAUAUCAGCCUAAAAUCUAAUUUUCCUUGAAGAUGAGACUUUUUGGCUCUAGAGAUCUUAUAGAGAUAUUUUUGUACAUUUCAGGAUCCCGGAUGGAUCUGUUUGUGUUGUAAUUUUAGAUCAUAAACGUUGUAUCUAGUUUUGAGUCAUUGAGAAUGUCGAGUUGUACUUUUUCUCUCAUUGGAGCAUGCAAUUAGGAUUCAUCUUGCUUGUGUA